UUUGUAAUUGGCCGCUGGGGGGCGCUGUAAGCUCGUUUCCAGUCCGCCGGAAAUGAAACCACCGUGGCCUCUGACGUCAUCUCUGCGCGACGUGCGAGUCUCACGAUUCCAACAUGGCUGAAGACGAACCCAAGAGGGUGAUCAAGCUGGUACCCGAGUACCUCCUGAAGAAGAGGAAAGCGUACCAGGCCAUCAAAGCCACGCAAGCCAAGCUCGCGCUGCUUGAUAAGAGAAAGACAUGUAAAGGCAAACCGCUGAAGUUCAAGCGUUUGGAGGAUUUCUUGAAACAAAGCCACAGGAGCCACCGCGAUGACACGCGCAUCGAGAGAUUACGUCACAGGCCGCCGGCCCCUCUGCCGCCGGCCAAGAGCAAGCUGGCCUUUGCUGUCCGCAUCAGAGAGAUUAAAGGCGUCAGCCCCAAAGUGAUGAAGGUGAUCCAGAUGCUGAGACUUAGGAAGAUAUUCAGUGGGGCCUUUGUCCGAAUAAACAAGACGUCCAUGGCCAUGAUGAAGAUAGUGGAGCCCUACGUGGCCUGGGGAUUUCCCAACCUGAAGUCCGUCCGCGAGCUCAUUCUGAAGAGGGGACAGACCAGGGUGGGCAGGAGGAGCGUCCCCCUCACGGACAACACCUUCAUCGAGCAGCACAUGGGUAAACACGGCAUCAUCUGCCUGGAGGACCUCAUACACGAGAUCUACUCCGUCGGCAGGGGCUUCAGGGCCGCCAGCAACUUCCUGUUGCCCUUCAAGCUGUCGGUGGCUCGCCACGCCGCCAAGGACAAAGCCGGGCUCAUGAAGGACGUGGGGAACCCUGGAUUCCGCAGCACGGACAUUAACUCCAUCAUCCGGCUGCUGAACUGAGGGGGGGGCAAGCGAGGACGGACACUGAGGAGGCUUUUCCUCUGGUGGCAACGACCAAAUAUGAGCUUUUUGAUGAGGCCUUUGAGAGAGAGAAUCCCGGCUUCACGUCUAAUAUUCAUACAUCUUUACACACAUUGUUGUGGUUACAAGCUGGGAGCAGAAGGACCUGAAAAGCUAAAUGUUGUUGCCGUGACUACAGCGUGAGGGAAGCUGUUUGAUAGUUUGAAUCCUUUGUAAAGUGACCAUUUGUACAGAGGCUGUCUUUCUCACCAAAUACUGAAGGUGAGCAGGUGAAAUGUAUAAAUGUACAUGUUUCUUUUUACUUGUGCCUGUUUGAUUCCUCAGUUUGUCAGAGGAGCGGAUCAAUGGGACAGUGAAAGAAUUUAAGCCCCCCGCUAAUUCAUCCACUACUUUAGUAGUAUUCAGUUCAACAGAGAUUCAUGAUCUAUUGUUCACGUUUUUACAAUAAAAAACAAAGAAAGUACAA